AUGAUCAUUCUCGGCGUGGAGGGCUCGGCCAACAAGCUGGGCGUGGGAGUGAUCCGCGACGAUGGGGAGAUCCUGUCGAAUCCCAGGCGAACGUUCGUGGCUCCACCGGGGGAAGGCUUCAUGCCCAGGCAGACGGCCGCGCAUCACAAGAAACACAUUCUCGAUGUUGUGGAUGAAGCUCUCAAGCAAGCUGGAGUGUCACCACAGGACAUUGGCGCAAUUGCCUAUACGAAGGGUCCCGGAAUGGGCACACCCCUGAUAACCUGUGCUGUUGUUGUCCGCAUGCUGUCCCAGCUGUGGAACAAGCCCAUCGUGGCAGUGAACCACUGUGUCGGGCACAUUGAGAUGGGACGUCUGGUUACUGGUGCAGAAGAUCCGGUUGUCCUGUAUGUUAGUGGGGGCAAUACCCAGGUCAUUGCAUAUGCAGCACAGAAGUACCGCAUCUUCGGCGAGACCAUUGAUAUGGCCGUUGGCAAUUGCCUUGACAGAUUUGCUCGUGUGUUGAAGCUCAGCAAUGACCCCAGCCCUGGGUACAACAUUGAGCAAAUGGCAAAAAGGGGGAAGAAGUUUGUGGAGCUUCCGUAUGUGGUCAAGGGCAUGGACAUCUCCCUCUCGGGCCUUCUGUGCCACAUUGAGAAGGUUGCGAAUGAAUUGAUCUCCAAGGGCGAGGCAACAGCAGAGGAUCUGUGCUAUUCAUUACAGGAAACGGUCUUUGCCAUGCUUGUGGAGAUCACGGAGCGCGCAAUGGCGCAUUGCAACAAGAACGCCGUGCUGAUUGUGGGCGGUGUGGGCUGCAACUUGAGGCUGCAAGAGAUGAUGCAGAUCAUGGCAAGCGAGAGGGGCGGCAAGAUUUUCGCCAUGGACGACAGGUACUGCAUCGACAAUGGCGCCAUGAUUGCAUGGGCCGGCAUGUGUGCCUACCAAAAAGGCAUAACCACUUCCCUGGAGGACACCAAGUGCACGCAGAGGUACAGGACAGAUGACGUCGACGUGAUUUGGCGGGAUUGA